AUGCUCUUUUCUUCAAUUCUUCUUUCUUAUUUAUUGUGUUCUUCUUGCCUUCAUUUUCUCAUUCCUUCACUUUUUCACUUGUCAAGUUUUCUUGCUUUCUCUUUUCUUCAGCUUUCUUCUUUUCGUUCUUGUUCUUUGCUUCAUUGUUUUCCAAUUUCUCUUUUAUUUACUUUUCAUAUUCUCUAUUCUUCUCUUUCUUUCAUUUUUUCUUUUCUUUUUCCGUUUCUUUCCUUCAUUUUUAGUAUUCUCUUUUCUUCGUUUAGCAAGUUCUUUUUCUUUCUUUUUCCUUCAGUUUCCAUAUUUUCUUUCUUUCUCUUUACUUCAUUUUUCAAAUUCUCUUUUCUUCAUUUUUCAGCUUCUCUUUCCUUUUCUUUCCUUCAUUAUUUAUAUUCCCUUUUCUUCACAUCAACUUUUCUUUCUUUCUUUUUACAUCAGUUUCCAUAUUUUCUUUUAUUCUCUUUUCUUCGUUUCUCAGAUUUUUUUUUAUCUUUCCUUCAUUUUUACUUUUCUUUUUCUUCUUUUUCUUUCAUAUUUGAUAUCAUCUUUCCUUUCUUUUUCCUCAGCUAUCAAGUUUCCUUUCUUUCUCUUUCCUUCAGUUUCCAUGUUUACUGUUAUUUUUUUCUUCUAAUACUCAUUUCUUUAUUUAUCGUAUUCUCUUUCCUUCAUUUUACAAAUCCACUUUCCUUCAUUUGA